AGCCUUUGGCUCGAGUGGAGGCUAAUGACUCGGCUCGACAGUGCUGCCUUGCGCGCCCCAGCGCCUGCCGCGAGCGCUUGUGGCUGCCACGAGUGUCUUGCUCUGCCAGGCAGAUGUUCAGCGGCUGGCGCUGCUCGGUGUCGGCCGCGCCUUUUCACCUGCGGCGUGUCUCUUUGACACGCGCCGUGCUUGCUGCAGCGGUGGCCAAAGAGUACUGCGCGGACGCGCUGGGCGUAGACCUUGCGUGCAGCUAUGGCCUCAACGAGGAGGCGAGGCGCGCAUGGGAGAGCCUCCGCAACCUGAUGCCCCGCGCACGCUGGGACCAGGAAAUCAUGCGCACCGCCAUUGAAGGCAGCGAGUUCGGCUUGUGGCUCCAGCGUCAAGCACGCGGUAGGGGCAUGACUGUGGGCAACGAGGAGUGGGCGUACGAGUUCGAUUGGUUGCAGCCUUUCGGACGCGCCGGCGACGAUUGCCUCAUGGGCCGAUGGGCCUGCUGGCUGAUGCAGCAGAUAGAGCGUAUGCGUGCCGACGACUGGAACGUCCUGAUGGAUGCGGUGUCGCCGUCAGCGAUAUCUGAGGACGCUUCCAGCCGUGCGUCCGGUAGCGUCGUGGCCACGCCGGGGGCGCGGAUGCAGGCAGUGCAGUCCUUGCGGCAUUCUCCGCUCGCAGCACUUCUACUGCCCGCUGUGGACGGGCGGCAGCACCUAGCGUGGAACACGACUGGCCUCUCGCAGUGGGGUCUCUUCGAUGCGGUGUCCCACUAUCGGGACUACUUCUUGGACCACUUGACUGCGCACGCGACGCACAGGUCCCACUUCGCGGCGUCGUUGUCGCAGGCGGAUGUCGCCGUGGAGGAUGCUUUAGGCGCAUGGGCGCAGCAGGAGGCAGCGCGGGCAGCGAACUUGGCCGGGAAUGCCAGCAGCCCUGGCCAGCCCCGACGGCGGGUUCUCGAGGCCACCGCUGCCGUCGAGACCACGCUCCUUGGCUGGACCGGUGCCAUCGCAGCGCAGGGCGCGGGAAGUGGAUGGCCGCAGGCGUUGGUGGCGGCGCUGAUGCUUGACUACAACGUCGAGCUGCUAGAGAAGGUCGGGAGGCUUUGGCUCCCAGGUGCGGUGCUGAUCCAGCCCUCGCACGCCGCGCGGCGACACUUCGACUACGAUAUGAGCGUCGCCUCCAGGUCGCAGGGCUGGCUCGGGCCGUGCCACCUCCGAUGUAGCCGCUUCUCGAACUUGCGGGCCCUCUAUGGCGUCCCCAGGACAGCGGGGAUUGCAAGCUCCCUGCGAGACUGCCCGGGAUCUCGGGCGAAGAUGCGGUGCGGCGUGGCGAUUCGCAUUUUCCGCAAGAGGCAUCUGAUUAGCAGCAGUAUCCGGACCAAAGGCACGCUGUACUGCAUGCAACAGGUGAUCGACGCACUACGGGUUCGAAGCGAAGCCUUGAUCGGCUGUUUGUCUGAAGAUGUGUCUUCUGGUCUAGCUUCAGGCUGUCAGCCACUGCGCUACGUGGAUGCGGGAGCAAAUUUGGGCGACUGCACUUUGGCUGCCGCCGUGCUUGUCCCAGAGGGCCACAUGCGCGCCCUUGCGCUGGAAGCAGACCCGCGUUUGAUUGCGCUGUUGCGGGAGUCAGUGUUGUUGAAUCACCUGCAGCCCGACGAGACCCGUCCAAACAGGUCCUGGGUCAAGGUGCGAAGGGCAAUGUUGUGGGACUCGCGAGAGAUACAGGAUUUGGGCGACAAGGCCUUGGACGACGAGUGGGGUGUGGACAACAACGGGGUUUUCAGGGAGGGCGCUGGCCCAAGGGAGAUCUUUCGGGGGCGCGUCAGCACCCUGGAUCGCGAGGUCCGCAGCUUCGCGGACACCGUAGACGUAAUGAGCGUUUUCGGUUUCCCAGGCGGGUGGCUCCCCAUGCUGCGGGGCGCGCGGGGCCUGCUGGAGCGCGACCGCGUGCGGUGCCUUUUGGCAAAGUGCGUCGACUAUCAUCUCGACGAGCCGUGCCGGGGGAUCCAGGACUUUCUCUCCCAGUUCAGCUACGUCACGGAGGUGCGCCCUGGGCGGUGGGUGGCUGCGAGCCCGAGCGCGCUGGUGGCCGCUCGGGGUGGCGUCUGCCUCUGAAAGCUCUCGCGUAUCCCCGCCAGCCCAUCCAGAAACGACCGCCAGGGGAGUUACCGCUGAUUAGGGCGAGGGAAAUGUAAAGGCAUGCAUCGGACAAAG